GGAACUCGGAUCCGUUUUCUCCUCGUUAGGAAAUUCAAUGAGGAAAUUCAAUCCGUCCACUUAGGUCCCUCUCUGCAUGUGGUAGGGUUGCUAGGUUAGUCCUUCAAAGUACAGAAAACGUCCGUUAGACGAGACAGAGAGCGAGAGAGCGCAACCUGCAAAAAGACGUCCAUGGUUUAGGGCUUUGUAGUUCGUAAGGCGUAAUCGAAGUGACUAAUACGCCAUGGCCAUCAAAUUUCUUUAUCUUCUUUUGCUCUUCAACUUUCAUCUUCGCCUCUCUGUCUCCGGACAGUUGAACUCUAUGGAGUCAGUUCCUGAUCUUCAAAAGUCAAUGUACAAGUUCAUUGAUGGAUAUCCUUGUGUACGACUACUCAAUCUUUCUGGGGUUAUUGGUUGUUCAAAUCCUGGACGGGAAAUGGUUGUGGCUCCGAUUGUAAGGUACAAAAAUGCUAUAGCGCUGUCUCAGCCAUCUGCAGUUUUGGUGUCAUCGGAUGAAAUUCAAAGUUUCUUCACCAGAAUAUGGCAUGAUUCAAGCUUUGCUGGUAAUAUUGCUGGUGUCAUCGUGGAAUCGGAAAAUGAAUUUCAAAAUAAGUCAAAAGGAUUCUCUCCUGCUGGAAAGUUUCCACUGGCUGAAUUUGCUCCUUACCAAAAUACCAGCUAUGAGUGGAACCCAAUUGGAUCUGGUAUAAUGUGGAAUGCUUAUGAUUUUCCUGUAUUCUUACUCUCUGAGAGUAGCACUUUGACCCUGCAGGAGGCAGCUAUCAAGAAUGAGAAGAGCAAGAAAGCUUAUAUUGCUGACGUGGCUGAGUUUGAUCUAGUGAUGCAGACAACGAAAGCUGGAACUCAUGAUUCAGAAACUUGUCUAAAAGAGGAGACUUGUCUUCCAUUAGGUGGAUACAGUUUUAUACAGUUAGCAAGGACUUCAAAGAGAAUCUUACAUAAACCAACCAGUCUAAUUGAGCGGAAGUCCUUGAUCUCCAUUGCCCUUGCAAUAAAGGGCAGUGUUUGGUCAUCCCUUCCUCCAAUUAAUGUUUCUUCCUCUGAUCAAUCCAAGCCUAUAAUACUGACCAUGGCAUCAAUGGAUUCUGCUUCAUUUUUCCGUGACAAAAGCCUUGGUGCAGACUCCCCUUUAUCCGGACUGAUCUCACUGCUGGCAGCAAUUGAUGCACUUUCACAUGUUGAUGGUCUGGAUGACCUAACUAAACAGCUUGUUUUUAUAUUUUUCACUGGAGAGUCGUGGGGUUACCUUGGUAGCAGGAGAUUUCUAUACGAACUUGAUCUGCAGUCUGAAGCUGUUCGUGGCCUAAAUAACUCAUUAAUUGAGAUGGCCAUAGAAAUUGGAUCUGUGGGGAAAGGCUUCAAUCAAGGGAUUAAAAGGUUUUAUACUCAUACUGCAGAGGUUUCAUCUGCCACAAAUGAGACAUUGAAGGCCCUAAAGCAUGCUCAAGAUUCACUGAAAUCUGAACACAUAAUUGUCUCGCCAGCAAAUGCUUCAAAUCCUGGGAUACCUCCUUCGUCAUUGAUGUCAUUCCUGAGAAAGAAUUCUCUCACUUCCGGGCUUGUAUUGGAAGAUUUUGAUAGCGUUUUCAGCAACAAGUUCUACCAUAGCCACCUUGAUAAUAUAUCAAAUAUAAACUCUUCAGCUAUAGUGGCUGCUGCUUCCCUUGUUGCCCGCACCCUUUACAUACUUGCUAGUGACAAUAAAAGUGCAAGUGGUUCGGCUCUAACUGGUAUCAGUGUGAAUGUCUCACUAGUUGAAGAACUUAUGGGUUGUCUAUUGGACUGCGAUCCGGGUCUUUCUUGUGAGCUGGUGAAGGAAUAUAUAUCACCCAACUCUACCUGCCCAAACCAUUAUGCUGGUGUUAUCCUCGAUGAACCUUCCUUCGAGCCACCUCCUGGAUAUGUAGAUGAUAUGUCCAGAUUCUUGUGGAAUUUUCUGGCUGACAGAACAUCUAUUCCCAGUGAGAAUGCUAGCUCUUCUUGUUCACAAGGUUGCAGCAACAAAGGUGCAGUUUGCGUUAGGGAAGAAACAGAUGGCAAGGGAAUCUGUGUUAUCUCCACAACCAGGUACGUUCCAGCAUAUUCAACACGGUUAAAGUUUGAAUCCGGUAUUUGGACUGUGUUGCCCCCAAAUUCCUCUGACCCAAUGGGGAUGUUGGACCCUGUUUGGACUGAGAGCAAUUGGAAUGCGAUCGGGUUGCGUGUGUACACAGUACAGGAUGCGGCUUAUGACCGUAUUGUUUUGGUUGCCGGAAUAUCUGUCACGGUCUUGGCGUAUCUUGCCAUAGUGACUACGAGAGCAGUCCUAACGAAGGCCUUAAAGCGAGAUUAAUGCGGUUUAGAUUGGAUAACUCUUGGGAACAUUCAUGAGUAAAGUGUUGAAAAUAUGAUGGUAAAGUACAGGAUUUGAUCCAUUGAUUGGUUCGUUAUAGAUUUUAGAUACUUUCAGUAUUUAAAUGGCAUUCUUUUGCCUUAGGAAUAGUGAAUGGAGUUGCUUAAAGUGGAAAAGACUGGUCCUCUCAAUCAGGUGCCAAACUUUUACUGUUUUUAAUGUACCGAAUACAUAGAGAACUGAAUUCUGAAA